UGCAGGGAAACGGGAAAAGACCAAUCAAAAAUAAGGAUACUAGCAUGUGGAGCGGCUACCUAGAAGAGCCUAGUUGCUACAGCAUCGCCCUUAGUGUCUUGCCAGGCAAGAAAGAUGGAGGAAAUAGAAGAAUCUCCUCCUGUUUCUGAAGACCUGCUGGCCUGCAAAAUAUGUGGAAGGAAUUUUUUUUCAAAGGUUCUUAAAAAACAUGUGCCGAUCUGCCAGAAGACGGCUGCAAAGAAGAGAAAGGUGUUUGACUCCAGCAGGCAAAGGGCAGAGGGGACUGAUAUUCCUACACUCAAACCCAUAAAACCAAAGUUACAAAGUUCUUCCAGCAGCUCUAAGUCUGAUAAACCUGAACCACCGAAGAAACAGUCCAAUUGGCGCCGAAAGCAUGAAGAAUUCAUUGCCACCAUUCGUGCUGCCAAAGGUUUAGAUCAAGUCAUGAAAGAUGGCGGACCCCUUCCUCCACCCCCUCCUCCAUCCUAUGAUCCAGAUUAUAUCCAGUGUCCCUAUUGCCAGCGGCGCUUCAGUGAGAAUGCAGCAGAUCGCCACAUCAAGUUCUGUAAAGAGCAAGCGUCCAGAAUUUCCAACAAAGUGAAGUUUCCUGGGAGUGAUAAAGCCAAACCCCCAGCCAGGACUCAGCACAAACCUCCUCCAACAAAGAAGGCAAACUCUCCUGCUGUAUCCACGAUGUCCACCGUGUCUUCUCGUCUACCUCAGCGCUCAGCCUAUGGGCAGGGUGCUGGCACAGGUAUUCCUAGCAGCAAAACCUCAUCCACUGGCUCAGUGAGGAGCGUAUCAUCAGGAUACUCUCCAUUACGAAACACCCCCUCUGGCUUGACCAGCCCUCCCUCGGAAGGGAACAUGAAACCCAAGGGCAUGGUUUCACAAAGCUCACUGAGAAAUCCACCUUCUGGUAUAGGGAUGAACAAGAAGAAGGUCCAGAAUGCAGACAACUGUAUUUCAAGGAAUGACAUGAAAAACGAAAAUGAUAUCAAUUUUUCCACAAUUGUUGAU